GGCCCGGUGGGCGGAAUGGAGAAUCAGGGUGUGCCUCCCGGGCCUUAUCGGGCCACCAGGCUGUGGAAUGAAGUUACCACAUCUUUUCGAGCGGGAAUGCCUCUAAGGAAACACAGGCAACACUUUAAAAAAUAUGGCAAUUGUUUUACAGCAGGAGAAGCGGUAGACUGGCUUUAUGACCUAUUAAGAAAUAAUAGCAAUUUUGGUCCUGAAGUUACAAGGCAACAGACUAUCCAGCUAUUGAGAAAAUUUCUUAAGAACCAUGUCAUUGAAGAUAUCAAAGGCAAAUGGGGAUCAGAAAAUCUUGAUGACAACAGUCAGCUAUUCAGAUUUCCUGCAAAUUCUCCACUUAAAACUCUUCCACGAAGGCAUCCAGAAUUGAGAAAAAACAGAAUAGAGAACUUUUCCAAAGAUAAAGAUAGUAUUUUUAAAUUACGAAACUUAUCUCGGAGAACUCCUAAAAAGCAUGGAUUACAUUUCUCUCAGGAAAAUGCAGAGAAAAUGAACUGUGAAAUAAUCAAUGAAGAUCAAGAAAACUCAGUUGAUAAAAGAGAAAUAAGCCAGAAAGAUGUUGAAGAAGUUUGGAGAUAUGUUAUUCUGAUCUACCUGCAAACAAUUUUAGGUGUGUCAUCCCUAGAAGAAGUCAUAAAUCCCAAACAAGUAAUUCCUCAGUAUAUAAUGUACAACAUGACCAAUACAAGUAAGCAUGGAGUAGUUAUACUGCAAGACAAAUCAGAUGACCUUCCUCACUGGGUAUUAUCUGCCAUGAAGUGCCUAGCAAAUUGGCCAAGAAGUAAUGAUAUGAAUAAUCCAACUUAUGUUGGAUUUGAACGAGAUGUAUUCAGAACAAUUGCAGAUUAUUUUCUAGAUCUCCCUGAACCUCUACUUACCUUUGAAUAUUAUGAAUUAUUUGUGAACAUUUUGGUUGUUUGUGGCUACGUCACAGUUUCAGAUAGACCCAGUGGGAUACAUAAAAUCCAAGAUGAUCCACAGUCUUCAAAAAUCCUUCACUUAAACAGUCUGAAUUCCUUCAAAUCAACUGAGUGUCUUCUUCUCAGUCUGCUUCAUAAAGACAAAAACAAAGAAGAAUCAGAUACUACUGAGAGACUGCAGAUAAGUGAUCAAGGAUUUCAAGAAAACUAUGCUAAGAAAAUGCAGCUAGUUAAUUUAAAAAACAGAAGAGCCAGUGUUAAUGACAUAAUGGGAGGAAGUUGUCAUAAUUUAAUAAGCUUAAGUAGUAUGCAUGUUCUAUCCUCUAGCAUCAAACCAAGGUGCUAUUCAUUAGAAGGAAUUGUAGAUUUACCAGGGAGUUCAAGUAAAGAGGUCUCCAGUGUCUUCCAUCAAUCUGUUCUGAACAUAAAAGGACAAAAUAAUAAACAAUUUUUAGAGUCUGAGACCAAACAGGAAUCCCUAAUGAAUCUUCAUUCAGAGGAAAGUAUUCAAAAGCCACUCUGUGUUGGUUUUAAAAGAACCUCUACUUUGACCGUUCAAGACCAAGAGGAGUUAUGUAAUGGAAAGUGCAAGUCAAAACAGCUUUGUAGAUCUCAGAGUUUACUUUUAAGAAGUAGUACAAGAAGGAAUAGUUAUAUUAAUAUGCCAGUGGCUGAAAUUAUCAUGAAACCAAAUCUUGGACAAGGCAGCACAAGUGUGCAAACAGCUAUGGAAGGUGAACUCGGAGAGUCUAGUACCACAGUCAAUAAAAGACUCUGCAAAAGUACAAUAGAACUUUCAGAAAACUCUUUACCUCCAGCUUCCUCUAUGUUGACUGGCACACAAAGUUUGCUACAACCUCAUUUAGAGAGGGUUGCCAUCGAUGCACUACAGUUGUGUUGUUUGUUACUUCCCCCACCAAAUCGUAGACGGCUUCAACUUUUAAUGCGCAUGAUUUCGCGAAUGAGUCAAAAUGUUGAUAUGCCCCAACUUCAUGAUGCAAUGGGUACAAGAUCACUGAUGAUACAUACUUUUUCUCGGUGUGUGUUACGCUGUGCUGAAGAAGUAGAUCUUGAUGAGCUUCUUGCUGCACGAUUAGUUUCUUUCUUGAUGGAUCAUCAACAGGAAAUUCUUCAAGUACCCUCUUACCUACAGACUGCAGUGGAGAAACAUCUUGACUACUUAAGAAAGGGCCAUAUUAAAAAUCCUGGAGAUGGAGUGAUUGCUCCUUUGCCAACGUAUUCAUACUGUAAACAAAUUAGUGCUCAAGAGUUUGAUGAACAAAAAGUUUCUACCUCUCAAGCUGCAGUUGCAGAACUUUUAGAGAAUAUUAUUAAAAAUAAGAGUUUGCCUGUAAAGGAGAAAAGGAAAAAACUAAAACAGUUUCAGAAGGAAUAUCCCUUGAUAUAUCAGAAAAGAUUUCCAACCUCUGAAAGUGAAGCAGCACUUUUUGGUGACAAACCUACAAUCAAGCAACCAAUGCUAAUUUUAAGAAAACCAAAGUUUCGUAGUUUAAGAUACUAA